AAAGAAAAGAGCAGUAUUUCAGAAUCUGAGAGACCCUCUUUUGUUAAUCUUAAAAACCUUGAAUAUAAUAUUCUUAAAAGUCUUGAUGACGAAACUGUUGGAGAUAUUGAUUUCCCAGAACUAGAUUCAUGCUCUGAAUGUGACAAUGAUAUUUUAAUGUCUCCUCUUAAGGCUUUCUCAUACCUCAUAUGCGGGCAUAUUUUUUACAGACUCUGUAUUGAAAAAAAACUUUUUCUUGGCAUUUCAAGUGCAUGUCCAGCCUUCGGCUGUGGAAAGAAUGUGGAUAUCUUAGAUCAAGCUGAUGUUCUUAGUAUCAUUUCCAAUUUGCCAAUACCUGAUUCUAGAGUGACCUCUCAAUCAAGUGGAAUUUUACCUUUAUCCAACUUAAUGGAAACGUUUACCCUAUCUUCACCACCUAUACAAAUGGAAGGGAUCAAGAGUACAGCAACUCAACAAAUCAAAAACCUUUCUUUGUUCCUUCCUCCUCUAGGUUUUCUAAUCUCCCCCAACCUCAAGGUUCUCUGA